AUGAGUUAUAAAGGAUUAUAUAAAAAAGCAAGAGCUAAAUUUACUGGUAUUUCUGCUCUUUUUGAAGAGCCAUUAUCACCUGAAAUUCAUAUUCAUACAGAUAAACUUGGAAUUACUGAAAGCGUAAAGGCAAUUAUUGAUUAUUUAACUGAUAAAGAAUAUUUUUUUUAA